UCGCCUCGCCACGCUAUUGCAGAUGUUACCGUUCCAGGGGAUGAUGCUUCGAACGGCAAGUUUGCUGCAGACUGGGCUAUGGGAUGCAACGAGAUCACUGGCAAGUACAGGACGCAGAACAACUACAAGGAGCUGGACAGCAAGACCAACAAGAAGGCUGCCGUGCUGUGCAUUGCCCGUACCGGUCCGACCAAGGGCGAAGAGGAGAUCUUCUUGGACUACACCAAGGUUCUGGUUCAAAAGAUGAACCUCUCCAACGGUACCGAUACCACUGCCGCGCUGGACACUGGCGCGGCGAUUGACAAGGGCACCAAGUCGGGCGCGACCGAUCCAUCGAUCAACUACGGUUCCAAGGAUUCCAAGGACGGCCCUACGGAUCAGCCCAUCGAUCCCUUGGCCUCUACGCCCGACUCGACGACGGAUGCUGGUACGCCCGACGACACGACCACACCUACGACGGACGAUCUGCCCACCUCCAAGUCUUCGGACACCAAAGACGACACCAAAGACGACACUAAAUCGUCGAGCAGCAAGUCGGACGGGAAGAAAAAGGAAAAGAAGGAAAAGAAAAAGUCGGACAAGAGCGCGCAAGGGUCGUUGACUUCGACUGAUGUCAAGCCCACCGAUACCGAGACCGUUGCCGGCACUGCUGGAAGCGAGACUACCACCUCGCCGCAGAAGCGCUCCGGCUUCGUUAGACGCUCGCUGGCCAAGAAGCUGCGUCAUUAAGCCAGCCGCUCGGGGCAUGGCAGUGGGAAUUAUAGCUUGCUGACAUGUACCUCCCGCCGCCGACGUGACUGUCCAAAAUAAAGGGACGAAUGGACGAACGAUGACCCCCGCACGCUCUAACUUUGACUGGUUCAUCGUCUCCCAUGCCCUCUUGACCUGCCUUGCGGCGCCAGCAGCUCGCCCACAGCCCCUCUCUCACAAAUAUUUCUCUCCUUUUGCUCCAAUUGUCGCGCUGAAAUUACAUGUGCUUUAUCCUCUUGUUUUGUUCAAUGACCAAAUUUUCUUAAGCGGGGUAGCACCUAGCGACCUCUACCUGCCUUUUCCCAUGGUUUCGCCUCGCGUUCGCCUUUAUUUUCGCUCUUGGAGAGAUGAUUUGCGUAUGAAUGGU